CUUUAUGGCACAUCUGUCAUUUGUCAUCCUUGUAGCAUUUGGAAAAUAAUAUUUCUUCUCACAAUUUUUGCAAAUUUCAGCUUUGCUCUCAGCAGAAAUUGCACUGUGGAAAUGUUUCCAAACCAGGGGUGGACUGACCAUUUGGAAACUCGGGCACUGCCCGAGGGCCCGGGGUCAGUAGGGGGCCCCAUGAGAUGCCCCUGGUACCUUUCAUAGGCUUUUUUUGGGUGUGGUUUGAGUGUGGGCGAGUACAUAGGGGCCCCCCAUGAUCCCCUAUUGCCCGGGGGCCCCAU